AUGAGUAACGCUAGUAGUGAUGCCGAGAGUUUUGAUGAACGUAAACGAGUUUUACAUGAUAGUUCUCCUUCGAGUAGCAGCAGUGCUGAUAGUUCAAUUGAAAAUGUUAGAAGAAGAGUCAGCUCGGGAAGAAAUCCAUUACCAGACUCAUCCUCUGAUUCUGAAAGUGGAAGUUCUUCUAUUGUUGUCUUUAAAAGAAAAAGACCAUUGAGGGUAACCAGUAAUACAGACUCAGAUAGCUCAGGGUCGCUGAUUGGUCGCAGAUCUAAAAUACCUGCUAGAAUAAGCAGUGAUUUUAGUGAAUCUGAUAGCGACGAUGCUUCGGAUGGUGGCUUUCAAAGUCAGUGGGAAACAGAUUUUAGUGACUCUGAUCCAGAAGCAGCUCAACCUGCUUUGGCAAAGAAAGCAUCUAUUCCAGAAAAAAAUAUGGAUUCUGAUUCAAGUGAUGGGGAAUCAGACAAAUGCCCGAUUUGUUUGCUAUCGUUUAGGCAACAAGAAGUUGGAACUCCAGAAACCUGCGACCACAUGUUCUGUCUGGAAUGCUUGCAAGAAUGGUCGAAAAACAUGAACACAUGUCCAGUGGACAGACGAGAGUAUAAUCUCAUUCUGGUAAGAAAAAAUGUCCAAGGUAAAGUCGUCAACCAGAUACAAAUAGAAAAACCCCAGCCCCUAAACGAAAUUAACAUAAUUGAAGACCCGACUUCAUGCGAAAUUUGUUGUUCAUGUGACUUUGAGGAUCGGAUGUUGUUGUGUGAUGGCUGCGAUUUGGGUUUUCAUUUGUUCUGUCUAACUCCGCCACUUGAUGAAGUUCCUGACGGUGCUUGGUUUUGCAACGAUUGCUCACCAGAGGACGCAGUCAAUCAAGAAAUUACGCUUCAAGAGGUGCAGUUGCUUCUUGACGAUGUUGAUGAUGAUUACGAACCGUUAACCAGACGACUGCGUCGGAAUAGUACUAGAUUGGUACCACGAACUCGUCAAACCGAAAGAGUAAGGAGAAGAAUCGCCUCAAAUCGUAUUAAUCAACUUAGAGAAACGCCUUCUACGUCAUCCGGAAUCGAUGAACCAAUAACAUCAACUAGAAGUAGAGUAUCCAGCACCACAACACCCAGAAAAACCACAAAGAAAAAAAACAAAAAAAAACCUUGCAAAAAGCGCAGAGUGAGAUACAGAAUUGUGUAUAAAAUAGAUGAAGCUACAGGCGAAACUGUAGCGGUCAAAAAGAGGUGCAAUAAAAAGCGAAAGGCAGGGAAAAAAAAGAAGAGUAAAUCCCGGGGUCAAAGGCCGACUCUAAGACCGAAAACGGUUAAAAAGAGACUGGCAGUUCAAUUGGGAAUAUGUGCUCCUAAAACCGUGCCUCAAAAUUUACCCGACGUAAAAGCUCCACCAAUCAGAAACUCGAUAGGAUUGUUGAGGGAACGGGCUGGAAUACCUGCACUCCAUCUGUUCGGACAAUCAAAUCAGCUUGAUUAUUUUUCCGACGAGGAUGAAGACUACAUCGAUGGGCCUGACGUAAUGACUAGAAGAGCUCCAAACCUUUCCAAUGUGACAGCCAUGAGGCGAAUGGCAAGAAGAAAAGCGGCAAUUGUUGGGCCUAGUACGGUUUCCAGCUCAAAUGAUAUUUUGGGAAGCAUUCUGGACUCACAGGAAACGUUUCAUUCUAAGAGCACACUUUUUUCUGUCGACCAGAAUGGCAGAUUAAAAAUGGAAAAGAAAUCAAGAAAUAAUAAUUAUGUUGAUUUAAAUAGGCAAAGUGGGGCAAUCAGACAACGUCCAACCUCGUAUACAAACAAUGGCACUGGUUCAUCGUCAAAUAAUUACCGAGCAGAUUCGAACAGCACUGGCGGAGAUUACCGAGGCAAUGCACAAGACCAACAUUCCACUCCCACGUCCACUAUAGAAUCUGAAUCGAGUAAUUAUGAUUCAAAUCGUUUUGGCGGGGAGGGUCGUCAGGAGAACACACCGCAAGAUUACACUCAAAGAAUGCUUAGCGGAAACUACGACGCAAGUUCGUCGGAAAAUGAUAAACAGAAAGAUGAAAACACGGGCAGCAAUACUCCAAACAGCGAAUCCGAAGUAGACAUUUACAGUGACAUUGAAACAGUCAGCACCAGUAAAAUGGAUGAGGGUGAAGCCGAGAUCAAACCAUCUUCGCCACAACAGCAAAAUAUUGAAAUGCCUGCAGGCGACGAAGAAGAUGCAACAAACGAUAGCGAAUCAGAAAUGGUUAUCGACACAGAAAAAGAUUUGGAAAAAUAUUCGGAAGAAAAUUUCAAGGAAGAAGCUGCCGUCACCUCCACGGUAGAUUCUAAUUCCGAAUGCGUACCGGAAAAAUCACCGCAAUAUUCCAACAAAGCAUCCGAAAUCCAAUCUGGUGCGAUUCAGUCGUCGAAUCAAGUCGAUGAGGCUGUAAAAAGUGAUUUCGUCGAUGAAAAAGAUCAUUACGACGAUGAAGAUUCCGAAGACGGAUGUCCGAAUUUCAGCAUUUACUCGAAGGAAUCUCAAAAUCUUGCGCAAGAUACCGAGUGUCUCCCAGGGACUGCAGGCAGCAAACCCAAAAACCAAAAAGAUAUGCCUGAUACAAAUCCAGAACCGCGACCGUAUAAUUUCGAAGAACAGCCCGAUUUUUAUAUGCCAGAACCAGUGCAACUUGAACCAGAGAAUAAUGAAAAUGACAACCCAACUAAUCAAGAAAAGAAGAAAAACAAGAAAAAUAGCAGUUCUGGAGGAUUAUACAGCGAUUCCGAAGAUGAAUCAAUCGUUAGAAAAGUCAAGCACUCGUACGGUGUAACUGAUUUAAAUAAAAUGACGGAGGACAUUAUAAGUGAAGAGGAACGUAGCUAUACACCUUGUUUGGAUGAAAAGAAGGAAGACGGUUUGGAGGGUUUGGAUACCGAAAUGAUUUCUGAUGAAGAGAGAAAUGAUUUUGACGAAUCACACGAACGUAAAACCGCUUCAGACGGUGGAGACGCUUUGGAAAUAAACGCCAAAGAGUGCGAAUUGGACUUUACCAGGCCGGAAGAUUACGAGGAAGGAGAAAUCGUAGACAAAUCAAAAUUGGCUAAAAAUGCUGACAAAGAAAUUGCCGCGGAAUCUAGUAAUGCAGAUGAUGAUUCCUCAAACAAAACUAAAAAGAAAGACAAAGGCAAUACGGACGGAAAUAAGGAAAAUGAAACCCAAAAUAAGGAAUCUCCAUUUAAAAAAUUAAGCAAAAGUAAUAAAGACAGGCAUUACAGAGACAAAGAUAGAAGCAAAUCGCGCGAUAAAAAAUCAGAUAAACGUGACAAGGAAUCGGAAGGAAGAAAGGAAAAAAUGAGACGAAUUAAGAAAAAAGAAAGGAGACGCGAAAUUGAAAGAUAUGACGUGCGCGCUUUGAUUGCCGAUAAGCCAAGAAGGCAAAAAGAUCAAUUUGGUAGGGAUAUAAGAAGCCCGACCAGAUCUAAAAGCAGGUCGCUAACGCCUCCGCCUCGCCGUUCCGUUUCAAGAUCGAGGAGAUCGCAGACACCAAAAAAAUCAGGACGCAGGUCCAGAUUACGAACUAGAAGCUCCCCAAGAAAAUCUAGAUCAAAAAGUAAGAAGCGUAAGAGAUCGCCAAAUAGAAGCCGGAAAUCAAGAAAAUCCAGGGAACGGAUUAAAUCUAAGAAAAAGGUACCAAAAGAACACAGUCCUCCUCGUUUAAACACUUCUCCGAUAAGAAACAGACUUUGGAAUAGAAGUCCUCCACCCAAGGAAUGGACUCCUUCGUUUUCAAGGUCACCUUCGCCACACGGAACUCGUACCUCUCCUUCCUGGACGCCACCCAAAACUUUGGAGCCACCAGUCAAACAACACAAUCUUAAAGUGAUUUUGGCUAACGAUGCCGGAAAGAAACGGAAGGACAAAAAACGAAAAGAUGGAGAUAGAAGAAAAGAUGAUAGGUCGAGAAAACGAAGGUUUGACAAAACACCACCGCCAUCUAAGGAAGUAUUCGCUUCAGGAGAAAACAUUUUGGUUAGCGUUAGUUUUAACAAAGAGAAUGAGACACGCGACAUUUCUACUAGAGAAAAACGAAGAAAAGCCUCAACCGAUGAACCUCCUAAGAAAAAGAAAAAAACAAAAAAGACCGCUAAAAAAGACCUGUCAGGUGUUAAACCGGUGGCAAUCAUAGAUCUGGAUCGUUCCCCUUUCCAGGAAAUAUCAUCGCCCAAAGACGUUAUCGUUCUUAGUGACAGCGAUAAUGCGGAAAUAGACAAUCGAGGAAUCCAAACUAACAUUUGCGACUCUUCACAAUUGGCAGUGAGUCCGGAAAGGUCCGUCAGUAGUUAUGCAAUGGGUCCUAAAACACCACCGGAACCGCAAGUUAAAUUUUCUCUAACUGCCAAACAACCAACUGUACGAGCAAUUACCAACCCGCUGCACGAGGCCGACGAAGAAAACGAGCCCAACCAAGAACCCAGCGAGAAUGUUUACAAAGGUCCAAACACGCCGCCAAUUUCACCGCCCAGCUCGCCAGACGCCUACGAUCCGUUUGAACCGACCAAAUCGCGGUCUGCAUCUCCAGAGCCGUUGCAAAACAAUCAACCCAAAGACGAAAACAACAUUAGCGAAGGUAGGAAAAAUUCUGACGAGAAACAGGGUCACACGCCGGAUGUUCUUAAGUCAAUGACGCCCCCUGUGGCCGAAAUUCAGCCAGCCGACUCCCAAAGUGGAGCACAGGAUCUCAAGUCGCCGGAAAGAAUUGGAGUGCUUAUCAAUCAAGUUCUCCAACCGAUUAACUCGACAAGCACAAAACCGGUGGCACAAACAGUUCCCUUUUCAUCUGUACCUACCUCACACAAUAAUUCUGCACCGGCUACUAAUUCCACUGCGCCACGCAUAAACAUCAUCAAUUCAACAAUAGUACAACCAUCAUCUAUACCUCAAAGAAUUGUGCUACCCAACGUUCAAAAGUCAAGCCCAGUUAAAAUACCACCAACAAAGUCCAUCAAGCCAAUGCCUUCAAAGAGCAAAGGCAGAAAGAGGCAAAACGGCACUGAUGACAUGAUGGAUUUGGAUUCGCCCUAUUCGCCAGGAUCGAGCGAUUACGAAGAUCUUUUUGAACCACCUCCAGACAUAACAACCAAGGCCAACAAAAAUAAAAAACCUGCUAACACUGCCAAAGUCAAGAAUACGUUUGACGCACUUUUCGGCUCGCCCUCAUACAAUACUAAGAAAAGCAAAAACGAAAAGAUCAAGAAAGUACAAAUAACACCGACUAAAGGUAAACAAGCUGGAUCAAAAUUGGAAGAGGACAAUCUGAAAAUAUUGGAUGAUUUGCCCAGUUCUGCUGUAGAAAUGCAAGUUAAAGAUAAGUAUUUAAAAAAACUAAAUAGACAAGAAAGGGUCGUUGAAGAAGUUAAGUUGGUUUUAAAACCACACUACAAUAAAAAACGUAUUAGUAAGGAGGAAUACAAAGAUGUAUUGAGAAGAGCAGUACCAAAAAUAUGUCAUAAUAAAUCCGGUGAGAUAAAUCCAACAAAGAUUAAAAAUCUAGUGGAGGCAUAUGUAAAGAAAUUACGUCACAGCAAAAAGGUCACAUCAAGCAGUUCUGUAAAUCCGCAAAAAGUUUGA